AUGGUUGAUAUAAUCACAAAGGACCUCUUGCUAGCCUAUAAAGAAGAUGAGUUGUUUUUGAAGCAAAAAAGCAGAGAUAAAUGGUUGGUUUUUGGUGACAGGAGCUCGAAGUUUUUCCAUGAUUAUGUCAAAACCAACAGAUCUAAGAACCAGCUUCUUAAGCUUAAAGAUAAGAACAACAAAGAUCAGUGGUCGGAUGGUGCUAAAGCGGAAGUUGCAGUGGGGUACUUUUCUGAGCAUUUCAUAUCUUCAAAUCCCAGCUCUUAUGAACCGGCGUUUGCAAGCUUCUUACCAAGAGUGUCAGGGGAGAUGAACAAGCAACUGACGAGACAGAUCUCCAAAGACGAAGUGACCCAUGCCAUUUUCUCUAUAUGUGCAGACAGUGCACUGGGCCCUGACGGAAUGACUGCGGCUUUCUUCAAAAUUAUUGGGGGAUUCUGGGAGAUCAAGUUACCUCAGAGAUACAGGAAGUCUUCAGAUCAGAGUGGCGUGGAGUUACUUGAGAAGUUUGUUGGAUGCUUUGGGUUUGACAACAGAGUGGUGCAAUGGGUGAUGAUGUGUGUAACAACGGUAACAUAUUCGGUGCUCAUUAAUGACCACCCGUUUGGAUUGAUCACACCUCAGAGGGGUAUUAGACAGGGAGAUCCUCAAUCUCCAUUCUUGUUUGUGUUAUGCACUGAAGGACUCACCCAUCUCCUCAAUGUGGUGGAAAGGAAUGACUUGCUUGAUGGAAUGCAGUUUGCUAGCGAUGGCCCAUCUAUCCAUCAUCUCCUCUUUGCAAAUGAUAGUAUGUUCAUGUGCAAGGCCUCUCAUGAUCAAGCUACGGUCCUGAACAGAAUUCUGCAAUAUUACGGCAAGACUACUGAUGGGGAAGAGACCAGAGCGCAAGUUCGAGUCAUCAUGGGUAUUGAUAAUGAAGGAGGAACCAGUAGAUAUCUCGGCUUGCCGGAAUGUUUCUCAGGUUCAAAGGUGGAUAUGUUGUCUUUUAUCAAGGAUCGCUCACAAGCAAGGCUGGACAGCUGGUACCUCAGGCAAAUUUCCCAGGGAGAAAAAGAGAUCUUGUUAAAAUCAACGGUUGGUGGAAUGCCGGUUUUUGCAAUGUCUGUAUUUCGACUGCCCAAGACGGUCACCGCCAAGAUAUCUAGCAUGAUGGCUAAUUACUGGUGGGGAGACGACUCAAACAAACGGAAAAUUCAUUAG